AUGCCUCGCCAACGUUCCGGAACCGCUCCUCCCCGCCGCCCUCAAGUCCCAGCAGCCAGGCAGGCUACCACUGCGCCUGCGCCUGCGUCAUCGCGCCCUCACUCGACUGCUGCGGCUCCCGCCCAGCAUGCUCCCACUCAUGCGCCCGUUCAGCAGGCGCAGGCUCCUACACCUCAGGGACCUGGUCUGUUUGGACAGAUGGCUAGCACUGCUGCCGGUGUCGCAGUAGGAUCUUCAAUCGGCCACGCAAUUGGCGGUCUCUUCAGCGGUGGUUCUUCCGCCCCUGCCGACGCCGCGCCCCAAAAUACCGACUUCGCCGCACAGCACCAGGCAUCCGCUCAAAUGGCACAGUCGGGUCCCUGCGCAAACGACGUCCAGAGCUUCCGCAAGUGCAUGGACGAGAACCAGGGCAGCUUGACUAUCUGUGGAUGGUACCUUGACCAACUCAAGGCAUGCCAGGCGGCGGCUGGUCAGUACUAG